GAGGAGGCGGAGGAGGAGGAGGAUGGAGGAGACCGCAGAGGAGAAAUAAGACACCUCAAACCAUCCGCUGUCGUCUUCUCUAACAAACACCGGGGCUUACAUGGCAGCUGAUUACGAUUGAGAUGUUCUCCRACAUGCAGCGGAGUACCAAACUGCCUUCCACUAACAGGAGAUAGCCAGCAUGCAGGAUGGAGCGACUAAGAGGAACGUCUCUUGUGCCUCGUGUGACGCGCCAACCGUUCCUGAACAUGCACSGGACUGCUGGAUCCGUGUGUCUCGUCCUGCUGUCUCUCGUCUCCUCUGGCGCCGCCGGGGCCCUGUCUGUGGACACGAUAGCAAACGGCACUGAGACCAGCAACGGSACACAGGACGGCUUCGUCCCAGUUGUGUUUGCUGGAGUGAGCCAGAUAAUUGCCCGGGAGGGGAGCUGCGCGUUGAUCGAUUGUAACGUCACUGGAGACCCAUCUCCCAGCAUUCAGUGGUUCAACUCACAUGGAGACCGGCUGGACACGCAGGCGGGCGACGGGAAGUGGUGGCUGCUGGACAACGGCGUCCUCAACAUCACCAGCAUCGAGUUUUCCGACCGUGGAAAGUACACCUGCAUGGCGUCCAACGUCCACGGCAGCUCCAACUGCACGGUGACCCUGCGGGUGGUCUUCACCAACGGUGACAUGGGCGUGUAUUACAUGGUGGUGUGUCUGGUCACAUUCACCAUCAUCAUGAUCCUGAACAUCACGCGCCUCUGCAUGAUGAGCAGCCACCUGAAGAAGACGGAGAAAGCCAUCAACGAGUUCUUCCGCACCGAGGGCGCCGAGAAGCUCCAGAAGGCCUUCGAGAUCGCCAAGAGGAUCCCCAUCAUCACCUCGGCCAAGACCCUGGAGCUGGCCAAGGUCACGCAGUUCAAGACCAUGGAGUUCGCGCGCUACAUCGAGGAGCUGGCCCGCAGCAUCCCGCUGCCGCCGCUCAUCAUGAACUGCCGCACCUUCAUGGAGGAGAUCCUGGAGGUGGUGGGCGUGGAGGAGAUGAGGCACACCUUCCUGCGGCACGCCAGCGAGGGCCGCCACGACGCCAUGAGCCGCCUCUCCUCCAUCGGGGUGCGCGACGUCUUCACCAUCCUGCAGGUGAGGGAGCGGGAGCGCAGCGAGUCGCCCGCCGCCGACUCUGACAACUCCUCCAUGCAGGAGCAGCCGCAGCACAUCGCCAUCCAGGCCUCGGUCCACCCGCCGCUCGCCUCCGACGACGACUGCGGCGUGGAGGCUCUGCCGCCGCAGCCCGAGGCGCUGCCGCCACCCUCGUCGCCUCCCCUGGCCUCCCCCACACCGCCGCCGCCUCCCACUCAGCUGGAGGAGGAGGGGGACACUGUGGGAGGAGACGCAGCCAAUCAGAGCCCUCCCUGCCAGGUGUUCUAUGAAAGCCAUGUGUGAGGGAAACACGGAGGGAAACUUCCUGCUAUGCAUUUCCACUUGAAGACCCACAAAAGGUCCACGAAACAUUUUCAGUUCUCCAUCUGCAAAGAAGCAAUCACGUUAUAUUUAUCCUUCCUGUAGAAUCCUCUGACGAGAAAAACCCUGAAGCUUUUCAGACGUUUCAAMCUUUCUUGCUUGAAUGUACACAAGAGGAGGAGGCAUCUUUAUUAUUAAUAUUAGAAGCAGAGGAUUGUAAGAGGAGGAGCCGAGGGACUAGUUUUAAGUUCUUAGUUUCUUUCAGUGUUUUAGAAUUUCAGUGACUUCUGCCUCACAUCGCUCUUUUUCAGCUUCCUUUCCUGCAUCACUGCUGUUAAACCUCUGCUCUGCAGCUGCAUGCUGGGCUGAUAAAACUGAGUGUGUUUGAUCAGUGUGUUUACAGACGUGUGGUUUUUAUUUCCCCACUUCAUCUUUAGGUUUGUAAGCACUUCUGUCCUCCAUCAUCAGAUGUUAGGGUUUAAACCCGUCUCCAAGCUUCUGCAGAGGCUUUCCAGCCGAGCUGUGCUUCUGCCUGCAUGCUCCGAGCUCGUUAAAGGACUCCUCGUGUUUCUUCCUGCGUUCGGUGAAAACUCCAGUCUGCGGUUGGAGAUGAACUGGACCCUGUUCUGCUUUUACUGGUGCUCUUCAGAUGCCUCUUUUUUUUGUAGUGGAAUAAAAUGCAAGCGCUGUGCUUUAAGAGGAGAAAACAA